CAAUUUCUAGUAGAGAUGAUCCAUAUAAAAGCCUGCGGGUUUCCCAUUUCCAAGUAUCAAUUCCUUUUUACCAUUUUGCAAGCCAGUGAAAUUCUCCACUGCCUAAAAACUCCGCAAUUUUACAAAAUGUUUGCUAAAUAUUUCUUGAUCGCUGUUCUCCUCGUUGCUGGUAUCCAAGCAAUGUCCAUGAAUCCGGAGGAAAAGAUUUUCUUCACCAACAUACCCACUAGCACGACCAACCAAACUCUCAGCGUGGUUCCGGCAUCGUGCCUUAUUUUCGGCAUUCUCUGCCCAACAGGGUACACCGGACCCAGAGGCGGUUAGACUUUACCAGAUAUCAAAAACCCAUCAAUUUCAUAAAUAUGAUGUUAAAUUGGAAUAAAUUCACGUGAAAUACUGCA